AUGUCUUUCGCCACACGAAACGCCCUUCGCCUGACCCGGGCUCCAAUUGCCCGCAUCGUCACCCCCAAGACUGCCGCACGUGCAUUUUCUGUCUCCAGGGUCAACUUCGUGUCUGACACCCAGAGCAAGAAGAACGUCGUCCGCGAGAAGGAAGUCCCCGUCACCAUCUAUGGCUCCGGCCAGGGUGAACACUCUACCGUCCAAGUCGCCGAGGGUGCUGGCAAAGUUCCCUUCGACAGCCCCGUCCCCCCCACCGAUUCCGAUGCUGUGCAGCCCCUUUCCCGAAAGGCCUUUGAGUCUCUCCCCCAAACCGUCAGAGACAUGACUGUCUACGGAAAGGCCAUCAUCCUGACCGGUGGUGCCCGUGGUCUGGGCAACAGCAUGGCUCGCGCCUGCGCUGAAGCCGGUGCCAAGGCCAUCAUCAUCUUCGAUGCCAACCAAGAGCUUGGCGACCAAGCUGCCGCAGAGCUUCACGAGAAGUCCGGCCUCCCCGUUUCCUUCUUCAAAGUCGACGUCCGUGAUGGUGCCGCCAUCAACACUGCCGUCGAUGCCGUCGUCGAGAACUUUGGCUGCCCCGAUGCCCUCAUCAACGCUGCUGGUAUCGCCGACUCCAACAUCAAGGCCGAGACCUAUGACCCCGCCAUGUUCCGCCGCCUGAUUGACAUCAACCUCACGGGUACCUUCCUCAUGACCCAGGCCGUUGGCCGCGCCAUGAUGGCUGCUGGCAAGCCCGGCAGCCUCGUCCUCGUUGCUUCCAUGUCCGGCAGCAUCGUCAACUACCCCCAGGAGCAGAGCUGUUACAACGCCUCCAAGGCCGGUGUCAUCCAGUUCGCCAAGUCUAUCGCCGCCGAGUGGGCCAAGCAUGACAUCCGCGUCAACUGCAUCUCCCCAGGUUACAUGGACACCGCCCUCAACCGCGUCCCCGCCCUCGAGGCCCAGAAGAAGAUCUGGAAGAGCCUGACCCCCCAGAACCGUCUCGGUGGGGUUGACGAGCUCAACGGCCUCUGCGUCUACCUCGCCUCCGACGCCUCUCGGUUCAUGACCGGCUCCAACAUCCUCAUCGAUGGUGGUUACUCCUGCUACUAA